AUGAAUGACUUGCCGUCGGUGCCAAACUUCGAUCCGCACGAUGUGCGUGGAGGCUCCCAGGGUCAGCAUGGACAGAGACAGGCGUGGAAAAAAUGGCUACGCUCGUUCGAACUGUACGUAACCGGCAAGGGCGUGACAGACGUGGAACAGCGUAAGGCACUGUUGUUGCACUGUGCCGGAGUGGCGGUGCAAGAUAUCUUCUACUCACUGUCGGAGAAGGAAGGAUCGGACGCCUACGUUAAGGUGAAGAACACUUUAACUGCUUACUUUGAAACCAAAGUAAAUGUACCAUAUGAAAGAUAUGUCUUUCGCAGUCUGUCUCAAGCAAACGAUGAAACUGUGGCCGAGUUUGUAGUUAGACUACGUCACCAAGCAGCCACGUGUGAUUUCACUAAUGUGGACGAACAGAUAAGAGAUCAGGUCAUCGAGAAAUGUAAAUCCAACAAACUCCGUACCAAGCUGCUAGAGAAAGGACAUGGCCUGACUCUGCAACAACUGCAGACCAUUGCAGCGACGAUAGAGAUGACGGAGACCCAGACAAGACAUAUGGCAGAGGGGACAUCAUCAUUCGGUGGGAGAGAGACUGUUGCCAGUGUUAAACCGUCAUCAAGCAUGUCAAGAGGACGGGGCAGCAAUUCAUAUCCAAGACGGUCGACAUGGUCAAGUGCGAGCGGCAGUCGUGGUCCAAGCACAUCCAAUCGUGGACGAUAUCCAGGCUCGCGUGGACGGGGAUCCUCGGGUGCUAGCGCUACUGUCAGUCAGCGGGGAUCAGCUGGAAAGUGCUACCGCUGCGGGCAUGACGGACACUAUGCCAAGGACAAGUCCUGCCCUGCCAGAGGGAAGGAAUGCAACAAAUGUGGCAUGAUGGGUCAUUUCUCGUCCUGUUGCAAAACUAAGAUGGCCCCACAAGGACAGAACAACAAAAGGGGAACUGUACGUAAUGUAGACUAUGAACAUGAAGAGCAUGAUGGUGAAUAUGAUUUGUAUUCAUUUAGUGUAAAUACUGUUCAUGUACCCACAGAUGAAACAAAAGUGAAGGUUGUAGUUGAUAAGCAAGUACUAGAUAUGAUUGUAGAUAGUGGAGCUACUGUUAACAUUGUUGAUCACGAAACAUGGGAAAUGUUGAAAGCCAACAGAAUUAGAUGUAAGUCGGAAAAGACAACCAAAAGGUUGUAUGCCUAUGGUUCAGAAUAUCCAUUGGAUCUGAGGGGCAAGUUCACCACAAGUGUGUUGCUUUCUGGUUUAGAUUCAGCAGAGAGCAUAGAGGCAGAAUUCUAUGUACUGAAUGGUAAAGGGCCUGCCUUACUUGGUAGAGAGACAGCUUUGAAGCUUGGGGUGUUGAAAAUUGGUGUAGAUGCGGAUGUGGGUGGAGUAAGUAGUGUGCAAAGUGUACAUACCAAGUACCCAGAGUGUUUUGAGGGCAUAGGUAAACUAACAAAUUACCAGCUCCAUCUGCAUGUAGACUCUGAUGCUACCCCAGUAGCUCAGAACAUGUACCGUAUUCCGUAUAGCUUGAGGGCUAAGGUGAAUGAUAAGUUGGAUGAGUUAGAGGCUCUAGACAUAAUUGAGCAUGUUAACGAGCCCAGUUCCUGGGUAAGCCCAGUUAUUGUUGUCCCAAAACCCAAUGGUGAUAUUCGUCUAUGUGUAGAUAUGAGGCAAGCUAAUCAAGCCAUUAAGCGGGAAAGACACCCGAUUCCAACGGUUGACGAAGUACUGUACAAAAUGAAUGGCAGUGUUGUGUUCAGUAAACUUGACUUAAAGUAUGGUUUCCACCAAAUUGAGCUAGAUGAGCAAUCAAGAGACAUAACAACCUUUGUAACCCACAAGGGAUUGUAUAGAUACAAGAGGCUUAUGUUUGGGAUAAAUGCAGCCCCAGAAAUGUAUCAAAAUGUCAUUAGUCAGGUGAUCGGUGUGGGUGAAGGUGUAGCUAACAUAUCAGAUGAUAUUGUAGUAUAUGGCAAGACACAGGAAGAGCAUGACCAGAGGCUAGACUGUGUCAUGAGAAAAUUGAAGGAGAGAAACCUGACCUUGAACAAAGAUAAAUGUGAGUUUGGGGUUCACAAAAUCACUUUCAUGGGCCACACUAUGUCUAGAAAUGGCAUUCAGCCGACAGACGACCGUGAAGAGGCACUACGCAAUGCCAGGAGACCAACCAAUUCUGCCGAAGUGAGGAGUUUCCUUGGGCUAGUGAACUUUUCAGCUCGUUACAUCCCCAACCUUGCUACAGUGGCAGAGCCAUUAAGGAGGUUGGUAAGGAAGACAGUGAAGUUCCACUGGGGAAAAGAGCAAGAAGACAGCUUCAAGAAAUUGAAAGAAGCCUGGACACAUACAAAUACUCUGGGAUACUUUCGACUCGAUGCAGACAGUACCCAACUUGUGACAGAUGCGAGCAAUGUCGGCCUUGGAGCCGUGCUUCUGCAAGAGUACGAUGGCCAAUUGAAGGUCAUAUCUUAUGCCAGUAGAACACUGACUGAUGUUGAAAAGAGAUAUUCAACAACCGAGAAAGAGGCUCUUGCUGUGGUGUGGGCAUGCAGUAAAUUCCACACUUACCUGUAUGGGGUAGAUUUCGUGUUAAUGACAGAUCACAAACCCCUUGAAGUCCUAUAUGGGCCAAAAUCCCGGCCAAACGCCCGAAUUGAGAGGUGGGUGAUGAAGUUGAUGUCUUACUCCUUCAAAGUUAAGUACCUACCAGGAAGAGAUAAUAUUGCAGAUGUUCUGUCGAGGCUUACAAAGACGACCCCUGCUAAGGAGCAAGAAACACUGCAGGAUGAAACAGAACGCUAUGUACGCUGGGUAGCAAGCGAGGCAACGCCGAAAGCUUUGACAACCAGAGAAGUUGAAGAAGCUUCAAGAGCAGAUGACGAAUUAAGUGCAGUUCGGAGAUGUCUCAACGAGGACUCAUGGGGAACUGAUGUCAAAGAUUUUUUCCCUAUGAAGAAUGAGCUCUCAUGUAUUGGUUUUCUCGUCUUGAGAGGAACCAGAAUUGUAGUUCCCAAGAGUCUGAGACUACAGUGUGUCCAGUUAGCCCACCAGGGACAUCUUGGAGUGGUCGGCACUAAACAGAGGUUGCGAACCAAGGUUUGGUGGCCGCGCAUGGAGAGAGAUGUUGAGAACUUUGUGCGGAGAUGUCAUGGUUGCCAGAUUACUGGAGCAAUGCCUGCCCCUGAGCCACUGAACCCGAUUCCAUUGCCAACUGGUCCAUGGCAAGACAUUAGCAUUGAUCUACUAGGUCCAUUGCCAUCACAAGAGUAUGUGCUAGUGAUAGUUGACUAUUACAGUCGAUACUAUGAAGUUGAUUUUAUGAAGGUCACUACAAGUGAUAGGGUCAUUGAGUCACUUGAGAAUGUGUUUGUUCAACACGGUUUACCACUCACUUUAACGUCCAAUAAUGGACCCCAGUUCACCUCAGAUAAGUUUGAAGCAUACCUCUCAGAAAAUGGGAUCAAACUCAGAAAAGUCACUCCGUUGCAUCCAGCAGCCAAUGGGGAAGUUGAGAGACAAAAUCGGUCUCUGAUGAAAAGAAUACGCAUUGCACAUGCAGAGAAGAAAGACUGGAAAAAGGAAGUAAGAGAGUACUUGUUUUCAUACAGAACAACACCACAUAACACUACAGGUGUUACCCCAGCAGAGAUGAUGUUCAAACGCAAACUACGAACAAGACUUCCUGAAGUUGAAGAGAUGGCUAGACAAGAUGAAGAGAUAAGAGACACAGAUGCCUUGAGAAAGGAGAGGAAUAGGAGAUACAUUGACAAGAAGAGAGGUGCAAAAGAAAGAGAUCUAGAGGAAGGAGAUGAAGUCUUAGUUAGACAAUCCAAACAAGACAAACUGAGUACUCCCUUCUCCCCAGAGCCAUACAAAGUAGUUGCGAAAAAAGGGAACAGUGUUGUCGUUGAAUCUCCAACCGGUGCCCAGUACCAAAGAAACAGUACACAUGUUCAGAAAUAUAACAAGCCACUAAACAAUCACAGUGAUACACCUGACACAGAAAGUAGGGACAGUCAGCAAUCCUUGGAGGGGAAGACAGAAAACACACAUACACAGGUUGAGACUGAGAGUAGACCAAUGCAGCGCUUCUUUGCCUUAGCCCCCCAGGCCGAGCCAGUGAUGACUCCGCUUCCAAUUCUUCCCCAAGUGUUCAUCCACAUGAGCAACGCUGUGCUGGGAUAG